CCUUCUCGCUUUGAACUCUCGUGUUAAACGCGCCCUGUCACUCACCGCAAGCUCCGCCCCCCCUGCAGGGCUGCCGAGGGCGGGCUGAUGGAGCUGCUCUCCCCCGUCUCUGCUCUCUCAGCCUCAUUUCAGUGUUAAACGCUUUCUCUCAGCGAUAGCACCGCAGCUUGCAGUGAGAGUCGCGGUUCCGUCCAGUUCCAGCACCUCACGACGUGGCCGAACCAUCGUUUUUAACCAGCUUUGGUGACCGAAGUCCGCCACGGAGUAUGGUUGGGAUUCCGGGCACUUUUCAGUACAGUGGAGAGAAGAAGGUUCCUGCCAUGCCCGGUUCUCCAGUGGAUGUAAAGACUCAUUCCAGACCGGCCGUGUCCGCCAUGCCCCCUCUACCCUCAGUCAACCCCAGCGGGCCCCGGCCUGCUGCCUUCUCUUCAACAGCCUUGACCAAUGGGAUGAACCAUUCCCCACCCACCCUCAACGCUGUCCCAUCCCCACCUCAGCGCUACAGCAAUGGACCAUCCUCGUCCUCUUCCUCCUCUUUGGCCAAUCAGCAGCUUCCAGCCACAUGUGGUGCCAGGCAGCUUAGUAAACUGAAGCGGUUCCUCACCACGCUGCAGCAGUUUGGCAAUGAUAUCUCACCUGAAAUCGGAGAGAGUGUCCGGAGCCUUGUCCUGGCCCUAGUGAAUUCCACAGUCACUAUUGAGGAGUUCCAUUCCAGGCUCCAGGAAGCCACUAAUUUCCCCUUGAGGCCAUUUGUCAUCCCUUUUUUAAAGGCCAAUUUGCCAUUGCUGCAGAGAGAGUUGUUGCACUGUGCGCGAGCAGCUAAACAGACUCCAGCUCAGUAUCUCUCCCAACAUGAGCACCUGCUGCUCAGCACGGCUGCCCCCUCACCCGCAGACUCCACCGAGCUGCUGCUAGAACCUAGCGACAAUGGCAAAAGACACAGCCCUAACAGAGGGAAAGAAAACGGCUUCCACGAGCGACCUCCUGCCCCUCUGGAACCUCCAGCAAAGCGGAUCUGCACCAUUAGCCCUGCCCCCAGACACAGCCCUGCCCACCCCCUGCCACUGCCUGCUCAGAUUCACCCGACUCCGCCCCCUCUUCAGCAUUACGCCCUAGAUGACAUCACCACACCUCACCUGUACAGAGAGCCGCACCGCAUAUUGGAGCUGCGAGACCUGAAGGAUAGACCACGAUUGCCAGGCAGUAACGGUGGCUACCACGAGGAGCCAGUGGACCAUAGACUGACGGAGAGAGAGUGGGCUGAUGAGUGGAGACACCUGGACCAUGUGCUGAACUGCAUCGUGGACAUGGUGGAGAAGACGAGGCGUUCAGUCAGUGUCCUGCGCCGCUGUCAAGAAUCGGACCGCGAGGAGCUGAAUUACUGGAGACGGCGCUCCAGCCAGCAGGAGGGAGCACACAAGAGCACAGCAGCUCCCGGGACGGCACUGUUCUCCAAAACACACAGCCCUCUGUCUGCUGAGGGAGUCAACUCCGAUCCUCAGCGGGAGCUCUCUCUGCGUGCUGCUCCUGGAUACGUGCCUGAUGAGAUCUGGAGGAAAGCUGAGGAAGCAGUGAACGAGGUGAAGCGGCAGGCGAUGGAUGAGGUGCAGAAAGCCGUGGCAGAAGCAGAGCAGAAGGCUUUUGAGAUGAUUGCAGCAGAAAGAGCCAAGAUGGAGAAAACCCUUGCCGAGGCCAAAAAGAAAGCCACAGAGGACGCCAUUCAGGUCAUCAAUGAACAGGAGGACUCCAGUGAGUGCUGCUGGAACUGUGGACGCAAGGCCAGCGAGACGUGCAGUGGCUGUAAUGCGGCUCGCUACUGUGGCUCCUUCUGCCAGCACAAAGACUGGGAGCGGCACCACCUCAUCUGCAGCCCUGGCCUGCAGGCCCAGCCCAAACCGGCCCAAACUGGCCUGAGCGCCCGCGUCCUGUCCAAAGCACCAGAGAGUCCCAGCCUGGAGAAAACCUCCAGUACCUCCAGAGCCUCCACCCCACCAACCCCCGCAUCCGCCUCCGCCUCCACUCCUGACACCAAUACACACUAAAGCAGAGAGAUCUGCACAUAUCAGACAUUAGAGCGCCAGGAAAACAGCUACGGACUUCAGAACACCAUGCCCACAGAAAAGAGGCAAAUUCUUGGAAGCUGUCAGACAAUUCAACAACCAGAAGUGGAAUAUGAUGUCUCAUCCCACAUGGGAUGUGUAUAAACUGGCUAGGAAAUGCACACAGAGAAGCUUCAGCACAUAGAUGGCAGGAAAAAGCUCUGCCGUUAUUUAUAGAUGGAUAAAAAACAGCUGGGAUCGGUGAACCUACUUUAUGAGGAUGAAAAUGUGACUUUUUUGCGGUUUAUGUUUGUCCUCUUUGAGUUAAUUAUAGCAGAAUUUUGUGUUUUCCAGUCAACGAACAGAGAAAAGCCUUUCCACAAGACUUCAUCUACUGCCUUUGUACUGGUGUUACUCCUUCUCCUUGCACAAAAAAGUUAUCGUCAGUCAUUUUAUUCAGUGUGCAUAUGGGUGCAUGUGCGUGUAUGUGCACAUGCGUAUGUUUCCAGUGCAUGUGUUUAGGAUCUAUUCAAGUGUCUGUUCAUUGUCAGAGCAAUAUAGAGGAGCAAGGAAUACCAUGUGUCACCAAAGUUGUGCUCCAUAAAGAUUAUGUGUUUGUAUAUUUUGAUUAAUAAUCGGGAGGUGCAGAAUAAGGGUCUGCUUUUGCUGUCUAAGCACCAGGGGACAGCAAAUAAAAACAGGGCAGUGGUACGACGGCUAACUUUGCAUGGACUUAUUGUUUCUCUGUGUUGAGCAUGGCUACCAAACUGGUACUAGAAGGACCAGUCUACAUCUGAGUGUUUACCUGUAUUGAACUGAGCAUAAACUCAAAGCAAUGUGAAUGGAGAACUGGUACGAAAAUAACGAGGUGAUUUAAAGUCCAGUUCCCAGGGCUUAACACCACAAAUACCAGAUCUUGUAGCCACUACAUUAGAAUACUAUCAAAGGUCUUGUUUAAUGGAUUUUUUUGCGAGUGUUCAUUGGUUGCAAAGAAAAACUACAAUCUUAAAAUAAAGGUUCCCAAGUGAUUCCUGGCUUGUAAUAACCACUUUCAGUUUCAGGAAAAACCUUUCUUUGGUAUAGAACCUUUACAUCAGUGGUCAGCAUCCCUAUUCCUGGAAAUCUGCUUGCAGUGUUUAGUUCCAGCCUGCGUCUAACAUGCUGCUCCCCACUUAUCUAGCACUACUGCAAAUGCUCCAGCCAGUCGAAAGACAUUAGUCAGCUGGAGCAGGUGUGGCUGAUUGUGUUUGGAACUCGGCUCUGCAAGAAGAUGCAUUAUGACAUAUUAUUACAUUUUUAAAAAGGUUCAUUCGUGCUUUUCUUUUACAAAAAUGAUUAUCAACCAUCUAUUGAAAUGUUCAUUGAGAAACCAAAACUGGGCCUUCCAUGACAGGGGUGUCAGGCUAGGUACAUUCAGGUUAGCGUUUUCUCUCUUCUAAUAAUCUGAAUUCCUCAUGAAGGCCUUGCUAAUUAGCUGAUGAGCUGAAUCAGGGUGCUAAAUUAAUCCAGAAGCUGAGUCUGCUGAGCUGUGGAAGGAACUCAAUCUGUCACCUCACUUUUAUGGCAUCACUGCAAAGAACCCUUUUUUUUCUUCUCAAAUGAUGUAAAGUAAUUCAUUUGUUAUUGGUUGUUGUGGUUUCUAAAAGCUUUUAACAUCACAAGAAGCAAGUUUGGUCCAAAUCUGUGCCAAAGUUAAGAAAACAUGAAGAUUUAAAGUUAAUUUCAGAAUCUAAAAUGUUUCACACUUAAGCAGUCAGGCUGUCGCAAGGCCACACUCAAGUGAUCCAUCAACUGCCUUUGAUAAUUCUUGGAAUUUUCUCAUGUGGUGGCUUCAAGAUGCUGUGAUGGCUGUCAACACUUCUUCAGGUGAUCAAGCAUCAUUGAUACUAACUAACAUAUUAAAGCAUCAUAGAUUCUACAUAAACAGUGUCAUGUAACAUGACCCCUCUGUGAAACUACAUCACGUUUUCUGGUAUUGCCUGUAGGUGUUGCAACUCAGAAUAUCUAAAUCUCAGGAGCAUAUUGUAUGUAUAUAGGUUUAUUUCCUCGUCACAUUUAGAGAGGUUAAAGUAUCAACUUUUUUGUUUUUCACAUUUAUAUCUCUCAUCAGCUACCUUCUUUUCACGUGAUAUGUAACAGAAUGAAUUCCAUUAUUUUUUCAGUAUGAAAUGACUUAACUGUAAAAAGUAUGAUUAUGAGAAAAAGAAAUCUGUAUUUUGUGAGCCACGUUUCAUUUGGUUUUCUCACGACACACAAAGAUAAUCUUGGUAUGUAGGCAACAUGAAAUAAAGAAAUAAACCGUA